CGCACGCGCUCCUCCCCCGCGACCGAACGAACCGAUGAUGGCGAUGGCCGCGUCGUCCGCGCGCGCGCGCGCGACCGUCUCGUGCCGCGCGAGCGCCGCGCGAGGCGCGCGAGGCGUCGCGUCGACGUCCUCCGCGUUCGCGGGCACGACGCCGCGCGCGCGCCGCGCGCUCGCGGCGACCGCUUUCGCGGGCGCGACGCUCGCCUCCGCGACGACGACGACGACGACGACGACGACGCGCGCCUUCUUCGGCGGCGGCGGCGGCAAAGUCAGCGGCAGCGCGCACGACUUCACGGUCAAGACCAUCGACGGCGUGGACGUUUCGAUGGGAUCGUUCAAGGGCAGAGCGUGCCUCGUCGUGAACCUCGUGACGCUGUACGACAAGUACAAGUCCACGGGCAAGUUUGAGGUUUUGGCGUUCCCUUGCAACCAGUUCGGCGCGCAAGAGCCGGGCAGCGACGCGGAGAUCAAGGCGUUCGCCGCCGGGUACGGCGCGACGUUUCCGAUGUUCUCCAAGAUCGAAGUAAACGGCGACAACGCGCAUCCGCUGUAUAAGUGGAUGAAGGACGCGAAGAAAGAGGCGGGUCCCGCGGGCAUGCUCGGCAACGACAUCAAGUGGAAUUUCGGCAAGUUCUUGCUCGACGGCGACGGGAACGUCGUCGAGCGGUACGUCCCCACGACGUCGCCGCUGCAGAUCGAGGACGACGUGAAGAAGCUCGUCAAUGCGUGAGGUGCGACGCGAGCUUCGCGAAACCAAACGCCGACGACCGAGCGAGACGCGAACGGGACUACUACGUCGGUCUCGUCUUCUCUUUACUACUACUAGACGAGCGUUCGUUUCUGUUUUCUGUGUUUCUAGCCGACCGUCGGCCC